CGCGGCCCAGCGUGAGGCAAGAUGUUGAGGCGCAGCCUGGAGAACCGGGACGCUCAAACCAGGCAACUGCAAGAUGCUGUCACGAAUGUGGAGAAGCAUUUUGGAGAGCUGUGCCAAAUCUUUGCUGCGUAUGUGCGCAAAACUGCCAGACUGCGAGACAAAGCGGACCUGCUGGUGAAUGAAAUCAACGUGUACGCCUCGACAGAGACCCCCCAAUUAAGACAGGGCCUGAAAAACUUUGCUGAUGAGUUUGCCAAACUUCAGGAUUAUCGACAAGCAGAGGUACGGAGUGAGGUCACAGCUGUUCAUGUUGAAAGACUUGAAGCCAAAGUAGUUGAACCUUUGAAAGCUUACGGAACCAUUGUAAAAAUGAAACGGGACGACCUCAAAGCCACAUUAACAGCAAGGAAUCGAGAAGCUAAGCAGUUAACCCAGUUAGAAAGGACACGUCAGCGAAACCCAUCUGACCGACAUGUUAUUUCACAGGCUGAAACAGAAUUACAGAGGGCUACAAUGGAUGCUACCCGAACAACACGUCACCUGGAGGAAACAAUUGACAACUUUGAAAAACAGAAAAUAAAAGACAUAAAGGUUUUCCGAAACACAGUGUAUCCACCAGAUUAUUCAUCUCGUUUAGAUAUUGUAAGAGCAAAUUCAAAGUCACCUCUUCAGAAAUCUCUGUCAGCCAAGUGUGUACCUGGAACCGGACAGGUAUCCUCCACCUACCGACUGAAAAAGGAUCAACAAGUAGAUGAGGAGGAGGAGGAUGAAUUAGACAUGACAGAUGAAAAUGAAUUUCCAAGUAUUCUUCACAUUUCUACUUUCAUUUUAUAA